GACUUCUCCAUUAAUCAAAGAUAAUUUCUACUUUCAUAUUCGGUCUGUGGUCUGAAAAUCACAGCUCUUCACAUGGAAGAAUGGACGAAAACGAGGUACCAAGCAAUACAAGUCGAUGGCGCAUUGAAUUGAUCGAUAAAUUUGGCAUUAGAAGAGAGAACACAGAUCCAGAUAAGAUUUUGCAGAAGUGGAGAAUAUGUCUUCUCAACGACUCCGAAGCAGCUGCCAUUGAUGCUAUUGUUGACAAGACUUAUUUAGAAGAAUUCGAUUUCAACUCCUUAGAACAUAUACCCUUUCAUAUCAAUAUUCCUUUUAAGAUAUGGGGGAUAAAAUUUGAACCAAGAACAAUUGGAAUGUUUAAAACGAAGGGAGAAAAUGCAACAGACCAGACCGGCAUUCGAACCCGGGCCCCCUGAAUAUCUAGUCAGAUGCUCCACCAACUGAGCUAACUGGCCACCGGCGAUCGAAUAUGGCUGACCGCUACAAUUUUAUGAGAGUGGAGAAUGCAGAGGAAAUACAUGAAAAUUCGCUCCAAAAACCUUUAAUGUAAAAAUGCAUGAAGAUUUAAUGAAAAUCUUGAGGAGUUCAGAUUUCAUCUGUAUAACAUUCUGCGGCAAAUGUACAUGCCAAAGAAAAGAGAGAACCAAGGACCACAUGGAAUUGGAUAUCAAGUUCUCUUUCAGAAACUUCUAAGAUGCAUCGAAUUUAGAAUGCAAUCACAGUUGGAAGUGCCUACAGGACAAAUCAACAUAUGUGGACAGGAAGUAACUUCGAAAGCUGAUAUUGUUGGCCUAAAAUGUGACGACCCAAGUAAAAUAUUGUUUAUUUGUGAGGAAAAGUCCUCUCAGGUGAAGAGAAAAUGUUGUUCAGAGGGAACUGCAUACUCUCCUGUGAAGAAAAAGCGGCACCCUUCAGCAGAUGUUGAAUUUGCAGCUGAGGUGACCUCUAGUGGUAGUGAAAGCCUGGAUAUGCCAUCUAAUGUACAUGCUCAGCACAUUGGAGAACUGCUCUCGUAUUUAGAAUGUUCUGUGACGGAUGAAGGCCUGCUUGGGAUGGUCAUUCAGAAGACAGAUGUAAUGUUCACAUACCUGAAGAUUGAUCCUGAAAGUGUGGAAAAAAUCAAGAGGAGGAAAGAGUCGGGGCCUGUGACCUUUGACACAACAAAACAAGAAGAUCCUGUAUUUUUUUACACUAAGCAGUUCAACCUGUUAAGAAGGGAAGAUCGUAGAACCAUUUUCAAAACUUUAGUCACUAUAAAAAUGAUGGAAAAGAAAGUGUGUUGCACCGUUUUGUAAAUUUCUUGUUUAUAGAUUUGUACUGGUACAUUUGUAUGUUUGGAUUAUUCAAAUGGUUGGUAUUCAAAAUUUGAAAAGAUUUUUUUCUUUGAUGAAUAGAUGUACAUGUUUUUUUUAGAUGAAAAUUUAAUGUGGGUUACAGUUGUAUUAGACAUGUAUCAAGGAUUUAUUAUUUAGAUGUCAAACGCUAGACUUCAUUACAAAGUAAAAUGUUUGGGGGGUUUUUCCUGAAAUUUUAACUAGCUUUAGGUCACCUGAGUAACUCAAGUGGUACUUGACCAUGAUCGAGCCACUUUGUUAUCAUAUGUAAAUAAAAGCAAAAAACAGGGUAUACCCCUUAUUUGUGUCACCGAAUACACCCUGGAAUUCGGAAAAUAAAAGCAAGAGCUUUUAAAAUACUGGCACAUCCUGCAGAGAGACAAAGACAUUUUCUCUGUUCUACCUAUCAUGUCAUAUAAACGCAAGAAAAAUUUAGGGGAUAUGCUAGCUCACAUCCUCAAUUGUAAAAUAAUCAAAUUGUAUGGGAAUCUUUAAGUGCAAAUAGACUCCUGAUGAGGCGGAUUUGCAUGCAGCUAAAUUUAAAUUUUGAUCAAUCAAUUCAAUAUCAUAACUUCGUAUCACACCGCCGAAACACUAAAUUAGUGUCGAGUCCAGUGAUUGUUGAGAUACGUGACUAAUGGGAGCCAUGUAUUUUCUUUUUCAACUGUUUGAUUUAUGACCAACAUUAUCAUAAAAUAAGAGCUGUAGGGAUGACCUUGUAAGUAACACCAUACGCAUCAUAAUAUGGGCAUCAGAAAUAAAUAUGGUUUCAGGGUGGGGAUUGUAAAACAUUUUCAAUAUUUUCACACAGAUAUAUGAGGGGGUUGGGAUGACACUAGGACUUGCAUGAUAGUAAGUGCAUCUCAACAUGAGCAUCAAGAAUAAAUAAGGUUUAGAGGUAAGGAGCUCAACUAAUUUCAAGAUAUUCGACCAAUGGUAUAUAAUGAAAGGGGGGGGGGGGGUAGCCCCCGAGGCACUUAACUAACCUUGUAGUCGAAGCAUCUUAACAUGAACAAGAAUAAAUAUAACUGCACAAUUUUAAAAGGGCCAUCUAGGGGCAUGUACGGUUUAACUACAUGUACUAAUUAUAAAUAAAUAACAAUCAUUCAGACAAAUGUACUACUACUGUCAGAGUUCACAUUGCUGCACUGCAUACAUUUAGUAUUACAUAAACUGUAAUACAGGUUUCAGACAAAUAAUGGUAGGUGAAUGAAAUUAUAAACAAUAAAGUAGAAAGUUUAGUAAAAUUUGCAAGCAUAAUGUUUUAUGUCAGGUGGUUUAGAUUAAUUAUAUAAAUGAAAACAAUUGUCCCUUGUAAAUAAAAAGAUUAAAGAAA